AUGGCAUCCGUUGGUAGUCCGACGGUAUUCCAGGUCAACAGCCAGCUGUCGAAUUCAGGGUACCAGUGCAGCGACAUUAUUGGUAAAGGGACAUACUCAAUUGUGCGACUAGCCUGGUCCAAAAAGCUCGCAAAAAACGUUGCAAUCAAAAUCAUUGAUACUCGGUCAAAAUCCGAUUACAUCGUUCGUUUUCUACCACGCGAAUUGAAAAUUGUGCCAACGCUUAAUCACAACAACGUUGUUAAAGUUUACGAUGCUAGUUUUUUUGUGUUUUUUAACAAAAAAUUACGAUGUGUGGAUCAAGUAGUCCACCUGGAUACAACAGUUUGCAUUAUCCAGGAAUAUGCGGAUGGCAAAGAUCUGUUGUGCGAGAUCAAGAAAAGAGGUCGAAUUGAGGAAAAUAUUGCCAAAUUCUUAAUUCGGCAACUGGUCGAAGCACUGGAAGUUAGGAUUUGCAUAAAAUUGAUCCAUGCCUCAACUUUCAUAGCAGUCGAUUUUUCUUUAUAG